AUGUCCUCGAUUCUCCGCCAAAUCGUCGCUGGACCUAGACUACAGCAUCCGGAAGCGAAUUUGGAUCUAUGCUAUGUGACUGAUAACAUCAUCGCUACCUCCGGCCCCUCAGGGACCUACCCCCAACGAGCUUACCGCAACCCUCUCGACGCCCUCGUGACCUUCCUCGACUCAAAACAUGGCUCAAACUGGUGCAUCUGGGAGUUCCGCGCCGAAGGAACGGGUUACCCUGACUCAGAGGUUUAUGGACGAAUCCACCAUUUCCCAUGGCCAGAUCACCACCCACCGCCCUUCGCCCUGAUCCCCAAUAUAAUGGGCAGCAUGCGAAACUGGCUGCACCGUCUAGACGAGCAGAAGGGUUCAGAAACCGUUGAUAAGAAGUCAGUCGCGGGAAAAACAGAUUCGCCUAGCGACCGGGUCGUUGUCGUGCACUGCAAAGCUGGCAAAGGACGCAGCGGGACAAUCGCAACGUCGUACUUGAUAAGUCAAGAAGGAUGGAAAAAAGAAGAUGCACUACAACGGUUUACGGACCGACGUAUGCGUGUCGGUUUUGGGGCUGGCGUUAGUAUCCCGAGUCAGCUCCGGUAUGUGGAUUACGUCGACCGGUGGACGAAUCAAAUGAACAAAGUAUAUGUUGAGCGUCCUGUUGAGAUUCUCGAAGUCCACGUUUGGGGAAUGCGUGAUGGCGUCAAGGUUGCGGUGGAGGGGUACGUGGACGAAGGCAAAAAGCAAAAAUGCAUCCAUAUGUUCCAUCGGCGUGAAAGAACGGUUAUCGAAUCAGGUAACACAACACCUUCAAAGCAGAUGAAUGCGGAGACUGGAAAUACAGAUAAAACUACGAGUUUGCCCCUCUCAGCCGCGACAUGGGCGCCAUCGCCCGUAGCUUCACAAAGCGAUGUCUCUUCGGAAGCAGAACUCACCCGGCGAUCGACCAUGUCACCAUCAACCAUAGUAUCUGCCGCGAUUUUCAGACCAGAGAAACCUCUGAUCGUACCUGGUUCAGACGUGAACAUCGACUUCGAACGACGGAGUAAAGCGUCAUACACGGGUUUCGCAAUGGUAACAUCCGUCGCGCACGUCUGGUUCAAUCCUUACUUCGAAGGCGGCGAUAAGGAGGACUCAGGCGUUUUCGAAACGGAGUGGGACGCUUUGGACGGAAUUAAGGGGAGCGCGAGGAAGGGUAUCCGUGCUCUAGAGCGAUUGAAGGUUGUAUGGCGGUAUCCGGAGACUGUUCGAGCCGAUAGCAACGGACGACCAAUCAGCGAACCGAACCCCGGCGAGCCGAUUUUCGAAGGUCACGCUGCGGAUUGGCGACAGAAGCGUGCUGAGAAUGAGGGUGAGGAGAACAAACCUCCUCUGCCGGAACGUGGUAUUUCAGAGGCAGCACCUGCUGCGACUGCGACUGAUGCGGGUGCGGCCGUACCUACUAUUAUGUCCCCGCAUGAUAAGGCGUCUGUUCAGGAGCUGGAGAGGCAGUUGGGGUUAAGGCAGCAGACGGAUGCAAGUAAGGAUGUUAGUUUGGCUGGAAGCGAAGAUGAGGGACAGGCUGUUGAUGAGGAGGGAAGGGCGGCUAAGGGCAAGGGCAAUGGGAAUGGGGACAUGGAGGGUGUGAGGUCUUAUUUCCAGAAUGAACAGAAUAAGGGUUGA